AUGAAAGUCCGCAAGUUACAUGGAUUAAUAAAGAAAAUAUUUUAUGAAAAAAGAAAAAAUUUCAUUCUUUAUUUUUUCUUUUUAUUAGUACCAUUCCUUUUAAUAGCAUUUCAUAUAUUUCUAAGGAAAAUAAGUGAUAAAUACUCUAUAGAAAUAAAUUAUUCUUCAAAAACUGAUAAAGUUAAAUUAAAUGAUUCAAUACACCAUUAUAUUCUAUUUUUGAGUAAUCAAUUAUGUUCAAAGCAAAUAGGUAAUGAUAUAUAUAUAAAUCAUAUAUGUAUUACUCCCGAAAAUGAUAUAACAAAUUCCUUUAUGUCAUUUGCUGAGGAAAAUGACUUAAAUUUAUUUAAAAUCUAUAAAAAUGAAGAAGAUUGCUUAAAAAAUGUAAAAUUUGCAAUAGAAUUAAAAAAAAACGAUAUAAAGGAGACAAAAUAUAAUAAUUAUUACAAUAUAAAAGAGCAAAAUUCAGAAGAAGCAUAUAUAUUAAAUACUUUAAAAAAAAAUUUAAAAUAUAAGGAGUCCAUCACUUUAGAUGAUUUAUAUAAAAAUGUUUAUUCUAAAAAAGAAUAUAAUAAAUUAUUAAAUAUAAGAAUAGAUGAAGACACUUUAAAAGAGAUUAAAAAAAAUGAAUUAUAUAAAUCAUUUAUAAAAGAAAUUAUGAAUUUUAAAGAUGAAAACCAUUACCAAAAAUUUUUUAAUGAUGAAAAAAAAAGAUUAUUUUUUAUUAAUUUUGUGAAAAGUAAUUUAAUAGAAACAAAUUUCUCAUGUGGGUUACUAGCUAUUCAAAAUAAAAAUGACUUAAAAAAAAAAAGUAAGUUAAAUUUUUCUUAUCUAUUUGAAAAAAAUAAGGAAAGAGAAAAAAAAAUUUUUAAUAGCAAUUCUGAUAAUGAAGUAAAAUAUGAAGAAUACUAUAAUAAUAAUCAUUUUAAUUCAAAGGAUAUAGAAAACAAAUAUUUAACUAAGGCAGAAAGUUAUAAUUUAAACAAAAAAAAUUUAAGUUUUAGUAAAAAGAGAUAUAUUAUUGAAAAUGAUUUAAUAAAUAAUAUAUCUUAUAAAAUAAGUGUAGGUGAUUAUGCUUUAUUAAAUUUUGGUCAAAAAUUUUUUUUUAAUGAUAUCAAUAUAAAUUUAAAGCAAAAUUUUUUAAAUUUUAAUACCGUUGAUGAUUUAUCAUUUAAUAUUUUCCUUAACGAAUGGUAUUACUGCAGCUUCUUUAUAGUUUUGGAAUAUUAUUUUAAUUCAUUUCUAUUCAAAUAUUAUUCUUAUAAUUUAGAAAAAUAUGAAAGAAUUAUGAAUAAUGAUAAAACUAACAAAAAUUAUAUUUUAAAGAGUCCGUUGAAAAAAUUAUUUUUGAAUGAAUUUUUUUUGUUUAAGAUGCCAAUGAAAAAUGCAAAGAUUAAUGCAUUUGAUACUCUUGAAAAAAAUAUAUUCCGAGUAAUAAUAUUUUUAUGCGUUUGUUUAUUUAUUGCAAACAUUUGUUUUGAUAUAAACAAAGAAAGGAAAAUGAAUAUAGUAAAUUUCUUAUGUUGUAUCAAAAUAAAUAAAUAUUAUUAUUAUUAUUCUUGGAUCUUAUUUUAUUGCAUAAUCUUAUUUAUCUAUAAUAUAUUCUUUACUUUUAUUAUUUAUUUUUUUGUAUAUUUACAUUCAAUUAAUUAUUUUAUUUUAUUUACGUAUGUAUACCUCUUUUUGAUGAAUAGUUUACUAUUUACUGUUAUAUGUAUGCAAUUUUCUGAUAAUGCCUCAAUAAAUUAUAUUGCAACAUUUCUUCUUUUUUUUCUGUGUUCAUCAUUCCGUUUAAUCAUUCAUUCAGGAGUAAAUAAAGUUCUUUUAUUCUUUGUUUUGUUAAUACCACAUUCGUCUUUUUGUUUAGCAUUAGAUUUUUUCUUUAUAUUAAUUAAAAAUAACAUUAAAGUAAGUUAUAUGCAAUUAUUUUUUAAGAUUGAAUUUAUAAGUUUGAUGGAUCUUUUGUUGUAUUCUGUUAGCUCCUUUAUAUUAUUAAUUAUAAUUUUGUCAUUUAUAAUAUUUUUUAAACAAAGAAGAUUAAAUAUAUCAAAUAUAAAGAAAAAAAGGAAUAGUAUUAUAAAUAAACAAGAUAAAUUAAUGUAUGAAUUAAGUGAUCCUGAUGAAGAAAAUAUGAAAAAGCAUUUAACAAACCUUACAAGAAAAAUGGAUAUAAAAAUAGAAAAGAAUACUAUAAAACCAAAAGAAAAUAAUUUAUAUAGAAAUAAUAAUGAAAUGCACGGUAACAAUUCCUAUUUGAUAAUUGAAAAUGUGAAUAAGUAUUACGGUAACAAGCACAUUUUAAAAGAUGUUUCGUUAACUUUAAAAAGUAAUAGGGUAUUUGUUUUGCUAGGAGAAAAUGGAUCAGGAAAAUCUACAUUAAUUAAUAUUAUAACGAAAAUGAUAACAAAAGAUAGUGGAAAAAUAACAUUUAUAAAUAAUAAUUUAAAAAAAAGGCCAAAAAAAUUCAUUGAUAUUAAUAAUAAUAGAAGUAAUAUAUCUAACGUUUCUUUGCAUAAUAAAGAUAAUUUUAUAAAUAAAAUUUUAAAAAAAAAAAAAAAUGAUCAAUUUAAAAUUAGCUAUUGCAGUCAAAAUGUCAUAUUAUAUGAUAAUUUAACUUUUUAUGAAUCGAUCAAAAUUUUUUUAUUAUAUUAUAACAAAAACGUUGAUAAGUAUUUAAAAAAAAAAAGAACAUUAAAAAUUCUAAAUGAUCUAGAUCUUGAGAGAUAUUUGAAUGAUAAAAUAAGAAAUCUGAUAGAUGAAAUAAAAAAAAAAAUUUCUAUAUUUAUUUGUUUUCUUGUGAAACAAGAUAUUUACAUAUUAGAUGAGCCAUUUAUUGCUUUAGAUAUAAAGACAAAAAUGAAAUUGUUUAAUUUUUUUGAUAAAAUAAAAAAAAAUAAUAUUAUUUUUAUCUGUACACAUGACAUUUAUGAAGCUAAUAAUUUUGCUAAUGAUAUAGCAGUAAUAAAAAAUGGUGAAAUUAUUUAUAAUGGAUCAAAAAAUUCUUUUCAAAAAUUAAUAGAUUACAAAUUUAUUUUAAAUAUUCAAUAUAAUAAAGAUAUUAAUAAGGAAAUUGAUUAUUUAAGUCAAGACAAAGUUAUGUUAUCUCUAUAUCAAAAUUCAGAAAAUAAAAAAAAUAUUCUCACUAGCAUUUCUCAUGCCCCUAGAAAAGCUAGUAACUAUGACAAUUAUAAAAUUAAUAAUUUUAGUUUUAAUAAUAAUAAUUAUAAUAAUACUAGAUUUAAUGUAUUAUUGAAUUAUGCAAAUGAAAAAGAUAAAAAAAAUACUGUGUUAAAAAAAGAGAUUAUAAAUUUUAUUAAAUGCAUUAGAGAAGAAAAUAAAAAUUGUUUUAUAUUUUUCAACGAAAAUUAUAUUUAUUGCACAUAUAAAAUAAAUGAAAUAGAAUCCUUAAAAAAAUCACUUUGUUUUUUAAAUAAAUAUAAAAAUGUGUUAACAUAUCAAAUAAAAACUAUAGAUAUAUACUAUACUUAUUUAUAUAUAUAUACAUAUAAUGAAAAGAAAAAACUUCUAAAAAAUGUUCAGGAUAAAGACAUUAGGUGUUUAAUAGAAAUAGAUCCUUUGUUUUAUAUAUAUUAUUCCAAUUUAAAAUAUUUUAAUGAACAAAAUGACUUAUUAUUCAGUAAAUAUAAAAAUGGAAAAAUAUACUUUGAUAAUUUUGAUUACUUAAGUGAAAUUUUAGUUAAUAACAAAAAUAGCAAAAAUAGUUAUGAAGAAAGGACAUUUUUAGAAGAUAAAAAAGAUGAAACAACAAAUGAAAACAGUAUAGGUAUAGAAGAAAAAAAAAAUAAUGGUAAUGUAAAGGAAAUAGAUAAAAAUAGAUAUUUACAGAAAACAACUGAAAGAAAUUCUUUGUUUAAAAAUUUAAUUAACAACUUUAAUAUAUAUAUUAAACCUAUGUUAUUUUUAAAAAUUAAAAAAGAUUUAUAUAAUAAAAGUUUUUACUGGUAUAAAUUUUUAGUGCCUUUGCUUAUUUUAUCAUUUGGGUUUUUUAUAAUAAAAUGCGUUUCAAAAUUUGGGAAAAUUAAAAAUAUUAAAUUAGAUCAUAACACAAUAAGCUCUAUUAAUAUAAAAGAUACUACUUUAAAUUAUUAUAUCAUAUAUGAAAGAGAAAUGAGUAAAGAUGAAGAUAUGAAUUCAUACAAAGAUAUGAAUAUAAUAAAUUAUAAUGGGUAUGGGAAUUUUAAUUAUAGAAAAUUAUCAUUAAAAGAACAAAUUAAAAAGAAAAAUAAAUUAAAUUAUAAUACUAUAAACGAUACAAUAAAAUUGAAAAAUGGACAUAAUUUUAAUAGAUUCACAACAUAUUCAUUUAAUUAUUAUAAUAAUACAAUAAAUGCUCUCUUAGAAAAAUAUUGUUUAAAAGAAAAAAUAAAUUAUAUAGAUGAUUAUAUAAAUAAAGACAAUUUAUAUGAUGAUAUAAAUAAUUAUUUAAAAAGAAAAUCAGAAAAUGAUAAUGAUAUAUCAUUAGGUUCCAUUGUUUUCUUUAUUAAAGAAAAAAAAGAUGAGGGGGAUAUAAAUAAUAACAUUGAGAUAGAAAUGAAUAUAAAUUUAUUUUAUAAUUAUACAUCUAUUCAUUCAAAUGCAUAUUAUGUAAAUUCUAUAUUUAACAUUUUAUUUGAUUUUCAAAAGACAAUUAAUGAAGAUAAUUAUGAAAAAGAAAAAAAAUUCUUAUAUUAUAAGGAAAAUGAGCCGUAUCAUUUUAUUACAUAUGAUGAACAUAUACAAAGUGAUAAUAUAUAUAAAAAAUUAACAAAUGAUUAUUAUAGCAAAUUGGAAUAUCUAAAUGAUGAUUUAAAUAUAGCAUAUAAAAAUAUUAGCACUAAUGAUGAUAAUAAUGAAUGUUACAAUAAAAACAAUUUCAUGAUAAAAAAGGAUAAAGAAAAUUACGAAAAGGAAGUUUUGAAAAGCUUCAGUAAACUUGAAGUUGUAAAUGAACCAUUUAAUAUAAAAUAUCAUGAGAAUUUUCUUAGUGACUUUUAUAUAAACGUCUAUAUAUUUUUAUCUUUAGUUAUUUUUUUUUGUGUUUUCUUUGAUGGACUAAAAAACGAAAUGGGACAUAGAAAAAUUUUUGAGAAUUUUCAUGUUCACAAGUAUAUUCAUUAUUUCCAUUUAUUACUUGUGGAAUUUUUAUAUUAUUUUAUAUACUUAAUUUUUCUUUUUAUAGUAAUGUAUAUUUUUGAUCACUGGCAAUUUAUUUAUAUCUCUUAUUUCUUUUUUCUUUUAUUGUAUGGAUUUAAUAUUUUUUUAUCUAUAUGCAUGUUCUCUUCUUUAUAUUUCAAUAGUUAUAUACUUUUUUUGUUCUUUAAUUUUAUAUUUUGUGGUAUAAUAUGUAUCGUAAUUUAUGUUUUACUUAUUUUAUCGUAUGCAUAUUCUAAUAAUAUAUUAAUAUAUAUAUCAUAUAUUAUUGUAUGCAUGUUCAGAAUAUUUGACUCCUUUUUACUUUCACAUUUAUUAAAUAUCCGCAGCUUAUGUUUAAAUAUAAAAAGUCAUUUUUAUUACUUAAAUGGUACUGACAAAAGUGAAAAAAAUAGUUUUGCAUUUUUAAAUAAUACUAACAAAAAUAAUUUAGAGUUGAAAUUAGGAGAAAUACAAGAUAUUUGUGAUGAUUCAAAUAAAUAUUUCAACACGGAAGGGGAUUUUAUCUUUUUAUCAAUUAAUUGUAUUAUAUAUUUGCUAAUAAUAUUGUAUAAAUUAUUACAAUUGAGAAGAAUUAAAGUACAUAAAGAAAAACAAGAAAAAAUUAAAAGAAAUGUAUCAGAAGAAAAGUAUACAUUCUUCCUAAAACAUUUCUACUUAUCUAAUAAAGAUUAUAGGAAAAAAAAAAAAAAAAUACAUAUUUUUUUUAACAUCUUGAAUUUUAUGAAGAAAUUCUUGAAUUUAAAAAAAAAAAAUAAGAAUAUAAGUUAUAGAAAAUAUAAUUCAUCUGAAAUAGAAACUAAUGUAAGUUAUGAUUUAGAGGAAGAAAGAUAUAUAAAACAUGAUAACUUUGUAAGUUAUACUGAAAAAAAGGAAGAGAAUUGUUUUAAUAAUGAAAAUUAUAUAUUAGAAAAUUUAAAUAUAAAAAUAAAAAAAUAUAAAAUUUACACCUUUUCUACCAUAUUUAAUAAUGAUUUAAAUAUAUUAUAUUUUUUUAAAUAUUUUUUAUGUAAAAAUAACGGUGAAAUAAGUAAUUAUAUUAAUUAUAAUGAGGAAAAUAAUAAUUACAAAAGGAACAAAAAGUAUUCCGAAAAAAAAUUUCAGAAAAUUAAAGAAAAUGAUUAUAAAAUUAUAUUAAUACCAUAUAUGUCUAUAUAUGAACAUAUUAAAUUAAUUUUAACAUUUAAAAAGUUAAAGUUGAAUUAUAAUGAGUUAAAUUAUAUUAUCAAUUUAUUAAUGUUAAUAGUUAAUUUAAAAUGCAAUAUUCACCUAGCUUGUAAUCAGCUAAGUGGAGGUAUGAAAAAAAAAGUCGAAUUAAUGAUAAAUUUAUUAAAAAACAACAAACUUAUCUUUUUAUAUAAAUUAAAUGAUAACAUUGAUUUUUGUUCUCAAAUUUAUAUAAACAUAAUUUUAAAAAAUAUAUUAUUACUUAAUGAAUAUGACAGAAAGAUAAAUUAUGUACCAUUUGAUAUUGGCAAUGCACCAUCGUAUAUAGAUCUGGAUGAAAAAAAAAAAAAGAAUAGUAUAAGUGUCAACAAUUGUGAUGUGAAAAAAAAGAAAAUGGAGAAACAAAAAACAAAAAAUAAUAGUAUUUUAAAAGAAAAAAAAAAAAUUAUCAACUCGAGUAAAAAAAACGAUUAUUUAGAAUGCUCUAUUUCAUCAAAUUUAAAAAGUGUCAAUCAAAAUAUUAUUGAUUCAUUUAUAAAACAGAAUAUAUUAAAAAUUAAAUUUGAUUUUAAGAAUUUUGCAAUUUACACUCAUAUUUAUACAGAUAUGUUAUAUUAUGAUUAUUUAUAUUUAUUUCAUAAAAAUGCAAUUAUUUAUCAGAAUUAUAUACAAAACAUAAGAAACAAUUUCAAAAAUCAUUAUUUAUUUCAAAUAAAAUUAAAAAGAAUACCUGAAUGUAAAGUAAGAGAAUAUAUGAAUGUGUACUUUUCCUUAUAUAAAAAAUCACUUAAGAAGUAUCAAAAAGUUUUGAACAAUUUUUAUAAAAAUUCAAAAGCUAAAAAAAAAAAGCAUUGCUGCAAUGAUAUUACACAAAUGGAUUCUAUUAUUUUAUUUCUUGAAAAAUAUUCAAAAGAGAAUUCAUUGACAAUACAAAAUCUUUAUUAUAUUUUUAAAACAAAUAAAAAAAAUAAAUAUUACAGAAAAAUCAAUUUUUUAAAUAUUUCUAAAUUUCAUAAAAUACUUUUUAAUUUGAUGAUAGAUAAGUUUUCAUAUCUACAUUGCUAUUUAAACAAAAAUAAAUAUAUAUCUAUUUUUAAUUUAUUUAAAUUUAUUAUAUCCGGAGUUACGUUUAAAAAAAUUCAAAAUUUUAUUUUUAAAUAUAAAGGAGUAAACAGAAUUUAUUCCGAAAUAUUAAAAUUCAACCAUUAUUUAUUUAUUUUGAAAAUAAAGAAUAACGGAAACUUUUUUAAAAUAUUAGAGAUUAAUAAAAAACUGAAAUUUAAUGAUGAAGAAAUGGAAGUAGAACAAAUAGAUAUAAAUAAUGCUAGUGCUAAUGACAUUUUUCUUUUAAUGUUUAAAAAAUUAUUAUGA